UGUGAACAAGGUGAUGUCCAUCAUCUUUUCUGUGACCUUUCUGGCGUUUCUGUGUGGCAUCCAAUCGACCAGCAUGGAUCAAGGGAGUUUAUCAGAAGAUUCCAUGAAUUCUUUCCUUAGGACACUGAUUCAAGCUGGUAUUUGGAAAAACAAGGUCCCCAAGCAGACGGCCAGAACCAAGGACGGCAUGCCAACCACAGGGAGGGAAACCGAGGCUGAAGCAGAGGUGACUACAAGCCAAGAUAUUCGAUUUUCGGGUUUCCGGCCUAUCGUUUCGGUGGAUGCGGAAUUAGUGAGGCAGCAGAGACGCUUCAGUUCUCCCCGGGUCCUCCUGAGUGAAAAUACCCCCCUGGAGCCCCCUCCUUUGUAUCUGAUGGAGGAGCCCAUGGUGCUGAACCGAACGUCUCGCCGGAAGAGGCAUGCGGAAGGAAAGACCCACCGUGGGGAAUACUCUGUGUGUGACAGCGAGAGCCGAUGGGUCACGGACAAAACGUCCGCGGUUGACAUCCGAGGACACCAGGUGACUGUCCUGGGAGAAAUCCGAAUGGGCCCGUCUCCGGUCAAACAAUAUUUUUACGAAACCAGGUGCAAGCAAGCCAAACCUGCCCGGAGUGGUUGUCGCGGCAUUGACGACAAGCACUGGAAUUCCCAGUGCAAAACCUCGCAAACGUUUGUCCGCGCAUUGACUUCGGAAAACAAUAAACUCGUCGCCUGGCGAUGGAUCAGAAUAGACACCUCUUGCGUCUGCGCCUUGUCCAGGAAAAUUGGACGAACAUAGGUGCGUUUCUCUCGGCCAUAUAAGUUAUUAUGACUAAAUUAUACGAUAUGCAUGUAGCAUAUAAAGGUUUCUAUUGUUUAUAUAU